AUGGAUCCUAUCUAUCGUAUUCCACCUUACUAUUAUAUUCAUGUAUUAGACCAGAAUACAAGUGUGACACGAUUGGAAAUUGGUCCAAAAACAUUUUUUAGACAGGACAAUGAAACAAUAGUUUUUGGACCCGAUAAAAUGAUCACUCUACCACCAAGACAUUAUUGUGUUAUUGAAAAUCCAGUCGUUAAGAAUGAAGAUGAUCAAGCACAAUUCGACAAAAAUGGUCAGGCAAAAUUGUCGCAUGGUAGCCUAGAUGUUCGACUGGAAAACGAUUAUAAAGAACCAUUUCCAUUGUAUCCUGGUGAAGUUUUAAAACAGGCUCCUACACUUUUAAAAUAUGUUGCAGCUAAUUCAGCAUUAAGAUUAAAAGCUGUUUUGGAUUUUGAUGAUAAUAGAGAACACCGAAAAACUGGAGAUGAAUGGUUAUUCGAAGGACCUGGCACGUAUACACCACGAAAAGAAGUAUCCGUAGAAGAAUAUAUUGUUGCCACUGUGAUCGGUCCAAAUCAAGCAAUAAGAUUGAGUGCUAAAAAAGAAUUUAUCGAUCGUACAGGUCAACAUCGUGUAGCGGGUGAAAACUGGUUAGUAAAAAAGUUAGGUGCUUAUGUACCAUUGGCUUAUGAAACGGUUGUAAGCCUCGAAAAUGCUCAUGUUGUAACAGAUAAAAAAGCAUUACAUUUACGUGCAUUGAAAACAUUCAAGGAUGAUUUUGGUCAAAUACGAAAUAAUGGUGACGAAUGGCUCGUCACAAAAGAACAAACUGAAACACAUAUUUUGAACGUUUAUGAACAACUUGUAGACAUUGUUAAUAUAAAUAUACUGAAUUCAAGACAAUAUUGUGUUAUCUUAAAUCCAGUUUCAUCUGAUGGUAAAAAUCAAUUGGGCAAGAAGAAAUUAGUCGUUGGUGAUAAAUCAUUUUUUCUACAACCUAAUGAACAAUUAGAGAAAGGAAUUCAAGAUGUAUGUAUUUUGAGUAACGAUGAAGGUGUCGUCGUGAAAUGUAUUGAAACGUUUAAUGACGAAAUAGAUAAUGUCAUCCGUGUACCGGGUGACAAAUGGGUAGCCAGAGGACCACGAGAGUAUAUACCACCAGUACAAGUUGAAGUAUUACAAAAACGAAAAGCGAUACCUUUGGAUGAAAAUGAAGGUAUCUAUGUUCGUGACUUGAGAAGUGGUCGUGUUCGUGCGAUCAUUGGUAAUACAUAUAUGUUAACGCAAGAUGAAGAACUCUGGGAAAAAGAGCUACCCGUAAGCAUAGAAGAAUUUCUGCAACGAGAUCGUUUAGGUGAAAGACAGAACAAAACAACAAUAACAUCAUCAUCAUCAUCAUCGUUGCAAACGACUAAACGAGACAAAACCAAAGUGGUUACAUAUCGAGUACCACAAAAUCAAGCUGUACAAGUAUAUGAUUAUAAAGCAAAAAGUUCAAGAAUUAUAUUAGGACCAGAAUUAGUCAUGAUCAUGAACAAGUUAAUCUUACGCUUAUUAUUAACAACUUUGGCUAUUGUUGGCUUACAUGCAAUUCCAGGUGAUUCUGUUGACAUUGACAAAUCACGUACUGUACUAAUACCAAUUCGAACGGUUCCUCCAAUUAUCUUUGAUCCAAUUAAGUACUGUUUACAAUUUCCAUCAUCAACCAAAUGUAAUCCAUGCACAUAUGGCUCACCAAUUAUAGGUGUUACUUGUGGACAAGGACAAAGAAGAUGUGAAGCAUUAGGUGGUACAUGUAAAUUUAAUCAAUACGGCAUAGCUUAUUGUUGUCCAAGGGAACAUCGAGGUUGUUGUCCAACAGUAGAAUACCGAACUAUUAUCUUUCCACGUCCUAGUCCAUUCUGUCAUCGAUGUCAAACAGAUGCAUCAUGCAAACCUUAUGAAAAAUGUUGUGGAAUUUGCCGAAAAUGUGUUCCAGCCGUCUAUUAA